AUGCCACAGAGGAAGAACUGGAGGAAGGCCAUGCAGCGACGGAUGGAAGAGAAGCGACUGAGGGAGCAACAACGACAGAUGGAGGAGUAUCGCCUCCCUAAAAAUGAUGCCGCGGAUGGCAGACUCGUUAAAACCUGUUGUGAAACCACAAACUCUGAUCAUAUACUUCAAACUGAAACUAUGCCUGACACUAUGCCUGACCCAAUGCCUGAAAGAAUGCCCGACCCAAUGCCUGAAACUAUGCCUGACCCAACGCCUGACCCAACGCCUGGAACUAUGCCUGACCCAACGCCUGGAACUAUGCCUGACCCAAUGCCUGAAAGAAUGCCCGACCCAAUGCCUGAAACUAUGCCUGACCCAACGCCUGACCCAAUGCCUGGAACUAUGCCUGGCCCAAUGCCUGACACUAUGCCUGACCCAACGCCUGACACUAUGCCUGACCCAACGCCUGACCCAAUGCCUGACACUAUGCCUGACCCAAUGCCUGACACUAUGCCUGACCCAACGCCUGACACUAUGCCUGACCCAAUGCCUGACACUAUGCCUGACCCAAUGCCUGACACUAUGCCUGACCCAACGACUGACCCAAUGCCUGGAACUAUGCCUGACCCAGUGCCUGACACUAUGCCUGACCCAACGACUGACCCAAUGCCUGGAACUAUGCCUGACCCAACGCCUGACACUAUGCCUGACCCAACGCCUGGAACUAUGCCUGACCCAACUCCUGACCCAAUGCCUGACCCAACGCCUGACCCAGUGCCUGGAACUAUGCCUGACCAAAUGCCUGACACUAUGCCUGACCCAACGCCUGACCCAAUGCCUGACCCAACGCCUGACACUAUGCCUGACCCAACGCCUGACACUAUGCCUGACCCAUUGCCUGAACCUAUGCCUGAACCUAUGAAUGGUACUAUGCCUGACCCAACGCCUGAACUUAUGCCUGACCCAACGCCUGAACCUAUGCCUGACCCAAUGCCUUAA